ACAAACCCCGAUCCUCAGCAAAGAGUAAACGAGGCUUUUUCUUUGAGUCAUCUUAAUCUCAGACGUCGAUGCACUUCUGAAAAGCGAUAUCAAUACUGGAGGGUCUUGAGAACGCUUACAGUCGUUGUAGGUGCCAAGUUCGCAGAGCCAUUCUACUAGGCGGCUUUACUGGAUUACUGUGAGAGCUUUCACAGCGCUACGGGGCAAACAACUAUGGAUACAGCGGAUGACUCUGACCACAAUAGGAUGCGCAGAACAUGCGCUCGGCAAAAACGGCGUUCCAUAAGCUGGAGGAGGCGAAUGCCUUUGGGGUAUGCUUCCUUUAUGGUGAUAUUCUCGCUCUUUUACCUCGGAGGCGACGCACCUGCUACCUUGGUUGCGGCUAAUGACGAUUUUUACACGGAUGACUAUGCCCUAAACAAUGGUGACGGCCAACAAUCCUCGAACGCUGAUGAUGGAACAAGCAGCUAUCAAAAAGAAAAGGCGCAAUACGAGAACAUCGACGAUGACAAAUUCCACUGGAAUCAGAAUAUUGGGUUCGAUGGAGUGUCUAUCAUGCCGCUCUCCUGCAUAAAUUACAACAAUGGACACAUGAUCAAGUUUCAAUUGUACGAUUCUAAUCAAAGCUAUCAAUGUCAUUUCGCCGAAAUAUCAACUUUUGUCGUUUCGGUCGCUCAUUAUAUGAGAGCAUAUUUUAACUACCAGGCUCUUGUUGACGGUCAAAGCUUUGCGCUGCCCAGUGACGCUGCUUACCUCAACUGUGUCCAGCUCGAAUCUGGAAACUCUGCUAGCGUCCUAUAUGGGAAAAUUGGGUGUAUGGAGAGAGAAACUUACACUUCGACAAAGCUACAGUUGCAUGUAUACACAGACGCUCAAUGCUCUCAGCCCUACGAUGACGGGCAGUCUUCUCGCAAGCACGCUGCAAAGGGAUUUAUUGUCGGAAACAAUAUAAUUUCGUCGAAAAUUUCUUUCCGCCCUCCGUUCUACUCUUGUUUGACCUGUUCACCUGAUCAGGUCUCGGAGAGUUUCAACAAGCAAACCGAAAAUUGGUACGACGAUGACUACAUUGCGGAUAACAGCCAAAAACGUGAUCAAGAAGGGGACAAUGGAUCCAGUACCGCCUACGAAGAUAAGUACUACAGCAACAAGGAUGAUGUAUCGGGUGAUGGUGCAGCUGUCGAUGACGACUACUACGGUGGCCGGCUGUUGACGACAUCGAAAGAAGACUUGCAGUCAUACCGCGAUACGUUUUGGAACGAAUACGAACGUAUCGUCGAAAAGCGCUCGCUGUAUGACAACUACGACGUUGGCGAAUGGAAUAUGUGUCAGCGAAUUUAUAAAUACGGAGUAUGGUGCGAUGAAGAAUGCCGAUCCCUUGACUUUUUUCGUACCGACGAAUGGUCGACUUCAGAUAUUGCUCUCCUCGCAAUCAUGUGCACUUUCUUGACGGGAAUGAUGGUCUUAAUUGUCGCCAAGCGAUUGAAGGCUCAACACAAGGCACGAAUAUACGGUGACUUUGAACCCAUGCCAGGUCUUCCUCCUUUCGCUAUGGCCGUCAUCUUUCUGGUAACGAUAACCGCCGUUGUGAUUUUGGCAAAGUUUAAGUUUGUCAACGAGACGCUGGUCUUUGCGGUUGCGACAUGCAUUCUGCUAUUCAUUUACAUGUUGAAGUUGACACUGUUUGAAAGCCGCCGGCCAGUCAUUCUCGCGACGCCGCGGCACGAGAUCUUUGGCAAUCCUUUGGAUGACCAUUUAAUGACAUAG